AGAAAAAAAAAACGCAGCCAUUGGAUUUGCAACUCUCUGCUCACUUAUCUCACUCAGAUCAAAACUCUCAAAUUUAAAGCCUUGAACGAUCUUAAAAUCUGAGCUCUGCACCAGCGUCGUCUCAAUGAUCGUUCUCUCUAACUCUGAUUACUGGAACCUGUUUGAUUAUUUAACAUGGUUUAUGUGAGAAAAUCAUCAGUUAUCCUGUUUUAGCUCAAGAUAACUUGCUAAAUAUGACGGAGAAGGAGGACACUUGCUCUCCUGUUUGUGUAUUAGAAGAUUAUUUCAGAAGCUCAGACUCUGAAACAAGCUCUUCCAAAGAUCACAAUAAUGAGUCUGAUACUCACAAAAAUUCAAAGUUGGGUUCUCGAUGGCAUGGUUUCAUGCAAUUACUGAGAACAAGAUCCAAGAAGCCUUUGAAUACAUUGCACCCAAUUAACGUAUUGAACCUCUCGAGGAGAAUGAGUGGCAGUAUGAGGGAAAUUAUAUGUUCGAACUUUGGGUCAGACUCGGAUAAUGGUUUAAAGUCUCCAUGGAAGAACUUUUCUUUGUAUGAGCUUCAGGUUGCGACCAACUAUUUCAGACAAGAAAACUUGAUUGGAAAGGGUGGUUAUGCUGAAGUUUACAAGGGGUGUUUGAGAAAUGGGCAAUUAGUGGCAAUUAAGAAGCUAACACGGGGAAAACCAGAGGACACUACUGCAGACUUUUUAUCAGAGAUAGGGAUUAUGGCCCAUGUAAAUCAUCCCAACACUGCUAAGUUGAUUGGUUAUGGAGUUGAAGGGGGCAUGCACUUAGUUCUUGAAUUGUCCCCACAUGGGAGCUUGGGUUCAAUGCUUUAUGGCUCAAAGGAGAAGCUUAUAUGGGGCAUUAGGUAUAAAAUUGCGUUGGGAACGGCUAGGGGUUUGCUAUAUCUUCAUGAGGGCUGUCAGAGGAGAAUUAUCCAUAGAGAUAUUAAGGCUGCAAACAUUUUGCUCAGCGAAGACUUUGAGGCUCAGAUUUGUGAUUUUGGUCUUGCAAAGUGGUUGCCCAAGCAUUGGACUCAUCACAUCGUGACAAAAUUUGAAGGCACCUUCGGCUAUCUUGCUCCUGAGUACUUACUCCAUGGCAUAGUAGAUGAGAAAACAGAUGUAUUUGCCUAUGGGGUGCUACUAUUGGAAUUAGUCAGUGGACGUCGAGCGCUAGAUUAUUCCAACCAGAGCCUUGUUCUUUGGGCAAAACCUCUGCUGAAGAAAAGUGAGUCAAGAGAGCUGGUUGAUCCCUCUUUGGCUGAUGACUACAACUCCCGGCAGGUGAAUCUCGUGCUCUUGGCUGCUUCGUUAUGCAUACAACCUUCGUCACUUCAGCGGCCGACUAUGAGACAGGUUCUAGAGCUUUUACACGGUGACUUCAGUUGCUUGAAGAACAUGAAGAAAACCCGAAUUUCAUUUUUUCGAAAGGCAUCUCGCGAAGAACUCACCAAUGUAGAAGGCCGAAAAACACCAAGAAUAGGUUGAAAAAUUCUUGAGACAAUAAGGAGACAUAAUAAUUUGUAUACCAUGGUCAGUUUGAUGAUGGUAUGUUGCUUAAAGUUUAGAAAAAUGUGUACAUAAUGUUAAAAGUAAGAACAAGAGAAUGAAAAAAGCAAUUUUAGUUUAUGUACAUAGACAGCUAAAAGAAAGUUGUAGAAAGUUUUAAAACCGAGUACAGGGAAACAAGUCUCGAGCCCAAAUGCCAAUAGAAGCUUUAGGCUCCCCUACCAGUAAUUUAUGGGGGAACCAAGUUUUGCUUAAACCAAACUAGAGUGAUAAUCUAUCUUGUGUAAUUUUGCA